CCGGCAGCUCCAUCGCGGCCGGGGGCCGGCGCUCCGCGGCGCCGAGGGGCACAGCGGGGCGGCAGCAUGUCCACCAAGGCGGAGCAGUUUGCUUCCAAAAUCCGUUACCUUCAAGAAUACCACAACCGGGUUCUCCACAACAUAUACCCUGUGCCCUCUGGAACUGACAUUGCAAAUACUCUGAAAUACUUUUCUCAGACAUUAUUGAGCAUUUUGUCCCGCACAGGGAAGAAGGAGAAUCAAGAUGCCUCCAAUUUGACAGUGCCCAUGACCAUGUGUCUUUUUCCUGUGCCAUUCCCACUCACCCCAUCUCUAAGACCACAGGUCAGUUCCAUCAACCCUACUGUUACUCGCUCCCUCCUUUACAGCGUCCUGCGAGAUGCUCCAUCUGAACGUGGCCAGCAAAGUCGUGAUGCUCAGUUAUCAGACUACCCAUCUUUGGACUAUCAAGGACUUUACGUGACACUGGUGACACUACUGGAUCUAGUUCCCUUGCUACAGCAUGGGCAACAUGAUCUUGGCCAAUCAAUUUUUUACACUACUACAUGCUUACUUCCUUUUCUCAGUGAUGAUAUUUUGAGUACUUUACCCUAUACAAUGAUUUCAACAUUAGCUACCUUUCCUCCAUUUCUGCACAAGGAUAUUAUAGAGUAUCUCAGCACAUCUUUUCUGCCUAUGGCUAUAUUGGGAUCUUCAAAACGAGAAGGUGUUCCAGCACAUGUCAAUCUGUCUGCAUCAUCAAUGCUAAUGAUUGCAAUGCAGUACACAUCAAACCCAGUGUAUCACUGCCAAUUAUUGGAAUGUCUCAUGAAAUAUAAGCAAGAAGUAUGGAAAGAUUUGCUAUAUGUAAUAGCCUAUGGACCAUCUCAAGUUAAACCUCCAGCAGUACAAAUGUUAUUUCACUAUUGGCCCAAUUUAAAACCCCCUGGGGCAAUCAGUGAGUACAGAGGACUUCAGUACACAGCCUGGAAUCCUAUUCACUGCCAGCACAUUGAAUGCCAUAAUGCGAUUAACAAACCCGCUGUGAAGAUGUGCAUUGACCCAUCCCUGUCUGUGGCUUUGGGUGAUAAGCCACCUCCCUUAUAUCUUUGUGAAGAGUGCAGCCAAAGAAUUGCAGGGGAUCACAGUGAAUGGUUGAUUGAUGUUCUUCUGCCGCAAGCUGAAAUUUCUGCUAUAUGUCAGAAGAAGAACUGCAGCUCCCACGUCAGAAGAGCGGUCGUCACGUGCUUCUCGGCGGGCUGCUGCGGCCGCCACGGCAACCGGCCGGUGCGCUACUGCAAGAGGUGCCACUCCAACCACCACAGCGAGCUGGGCGCGGCCGCCGAAACCCACCUGUACCAGACCUCGCCGCCGCCCAUCAACACCCGCGAGUGCGGCGCCGAGGAGCUCGUGUGCACCGUGGAGGCUGUCAUCAGCUUGCUGAAAGAAGCAGAGUUUCAUGCAGAGCAGAGGGAGCAUGAACUCAACCGAAGGAGGCAGAUGGGCCUCUCCUCUUCCCAUCACUCCCUGGACAACACAGACUUUGAUAAUAAAGAUGAUGACAAGCAUGACCAACGCCUCCUGAGCCAGUUUGGAAUAUGGUUCUUGGUGAGCCUUUGCACUCCCAGUGAGAAUACACCCACAGAGAGUUUAGCAAGGCUGGUCAGCAUGGUGUUCCAGUGGUUUCACUCUACAGCUUACAUGAUGGAUGAUGAAGUUGGUAGCCUGGUGGAGAAGCUGAAGCCCCAGUUUGUUACUAAGUGGCUGAAGACUGUCUGUGAUGUCCGGUUUGAUGUCAUGGUUAUGUGCCUCCUGCCAAAGCCAAUGGAGUUUGCCAGGGUUGGUGGAUACUGGGACAAAUCAUGUAGUGCUGUAACCCAGCUAAAAGAAGGGCUGAAUCGAAUCCUUUGCUUGAUUCCAUACAAUGUGAUAAACCAGUCGGUGUGGGAGUGUAUCAUGCCUGAAUGGCUGGAAGCCAUAAGGACAGAAGUGCCCGAUAACCAACUGAAAGAGUUCCGGGAAGUGCUGAGCAAAAUGUUUGACACUGAGCUCUGUCCUCUCCCUUUCUCCUUGGAGGAGAUGUUUGGCUUUAUUAGCUGUCGAUUCACAGGGUAUCCAUCCUCUGUGCAAGAGCAGGCAUUGCUCUGGCUGCAUGUGUUGUCUGAACUAGACAUUGUGGUUCCUCUUCAGUUACUAAUCAGCAUGUUUUCUGAUGGAGUUAAUUCUGUAAAAGAAUUAGCAAAUCAAAGAAAAUCAAGAGUCAGUGAACUGGCAGGAAGUCUUGCAGCUCGGAGGGUAAGCGUUGCGUCUGACCCUGGGCGCAGAGCUCAGCACAACAUCCUGAGUCCUUUCCCAAGCCCCUUCCAGAGCCCAUUCCGGAGCCCAAUACGGAGUCCUUUUCACAGCCCUUUCAAGAAUUUUGGACAUCCUAGUGGAAAAACUAUUGAUUUUGAGUGUGAAGAUGAGGAAAUGAAUCUUAAUUGCUUCAUUCUGAUGUUUGAUCUAAUCCUGAAGCAGAUGGAACUCCAGGAUGAUGGUGUCACUAUGGGCUUAGAGAACAGCAUCUCAAAAGAUAUAAUAUCCAUCAUAAACAAUGUGUUUCAGGCACCCUGGGGUGGUUCUCACACCUGUCAGAAAGAUGAAAAAGCAGUUGAAUGUGGUCUGUGCCAGUCCAGCAUUCUGUGCUACCAGCUGGGUUUUGAGCUGCUGGAACAGCUUGCUCCAAAGGAAGAAAUCAGGCUUGUGGAGCCCACAGAUAACCUCGAGGAUAGUCUUCUGUAUACUAGACCUGAGUUUAUUAUAGGAACUGAAGGAGAAGAGGAAGACAAAUCAGCACCAAAGCAUGGAGAAAACCCAGGAAAUCACACAGAGACCACAGAAAAUGCUGCAAUAAAGAAUGACACAGAAAGAAAAUUUUGUUAUCAGCAACUUCCAGUUACCUUGAAGCUCAUAUACACUAUAUUGCAGGAAAUGUCAAGGUUUGAAGAACCAGACAUUCUUUUUAACAUGCUGAAUUGUCUGAAGAUCCUGUGUCUUCAUGGGGAAUGCCUGUAUAUAGCAAGAAAAGACCAUCCACAAUUUCUUGCCUAUAUUCAAGAUCACAUGUUGAUUGCAAGCUUGUGGGGAGUUGUGAAGUCUGAAUUUUCUCAGCUUUCUUCCCUGGCAGUCCCACUUCUUCUUCAUGCGCUCUCGCUUCCUCAUGGAGCUGACAUUUUCUGGACAAUCAUAAACAGCAAUUUCAACAGUAAAGACUGGAAGAUGAGAUUUGAAGCAGUUGAGAAAGUGGCUGUGUUGUGCAGAUUUUUGGAUAUUCAUUCUGUGACAAAAAACCACCUGCUAAAGUACUCUUUGGCUCAUGCAUUCUGCUGUUUCCUGACUGCUGUGGAAGAUGUCAACCCAGCAGUGGCAACAAGAGCUGGACUGUUACUUGACACCAUAAAGAGGCCAGCUUUACAGGGUCUCUGCCUCUGCCUUGAUUUCCAGUUUGACACAGUUGUCAAGGAUAGGCCCACAAUUCUUAGUAAGCUUUUGCUACUUCAUUUUCUAAAAGCAGAUAUCCCAGCUUUGAGCUGGGAGUUCUUUGUGAAUCGCUUUGAGACCCUGAGUUUGGAGGCUCAGCUUCAUCUGGACUGCAACAAAGAAUUUCCUUUCCCGACAACUAUCACUGCUGUCAGGACAAACGUGGCCAACCUCAGUGAUGCGGCAAUGUGGAAGAUCAAGAGGGCUCGUUUCGCGCGUAACCGCCAGAAGAGCGUGCGCUCCCUGCGGGACAGCGUCAAGGGACCCGCCGAGUCCAAGAGAGCGCUCUCCCUUCCCGAAACCUUAACCACCAAAAUUCCUGUGAGCUUGACCAGACACGAGCAGUCUGCACCAGCACUUGGAGGAACACCAGAGCAAACACCAGGACAACCUUCCCCAGAGAACGAUAACACAAUUAAAGACCUGCUGCCAGAGGAUGCUGGGAUUGACCACCAGACUGUCCACCAGCUCAUCACAGUGCUGAUGAAGUUCAUGGCAAAGGAUGAGAGCAGUGCAGAGUCGGACAUCAGCAGCGCCAAAGCUUUCAACACGGUCAAGCGCCAUCUGUACGUCCUGCUUGGCUACGAUCAGCAGGAAGGAUGCUUCAUGAUAGCACCCCAAAAAAUGCGUGUCUCAACCUGCUUUAACGCCUUUAUUGCUGGAAUAGCACAGGUGAUGGACUAUAACAUCAACCUGGGAAAACACCUUCUUCCUUUGGUGGUGCAGGUGUUGAAAUAUUGCACUUGUCCUCAGCUAAGGCAUUACUUUCAGCAGCCUCCUCGCUGCUCCCUCUGGUCCCUCAAGCCUCACAUUCGGCAGAUGUGGUUAAAGGCUUUGCUUGUUAUUCUCUACAAGUACCCCUACAGAGACUGUGAAAUCAGCAAGAUUGUACUUCACCUAAUCCACAUCACAGUCAAUACCCUCAACGCUCAGUAUCACAGCUGCAAGCCCCAUGCAACUGCUGGUCCUUUGUAUAGUGACAACAGUAACAUAAGCCGAUACAGUGAAAAGGAGAAAGAGGAAGACAGUGUUUUUGAUGAAUCUGAUAUCCAUGAUACACCAACUGGACCUUGCAAUAAAGAGUCUCAAACUUUCUUUGCAAGACUGAAAAGAAUUGGUGGCAGCAAAAUGGUGAAAUAUCAACCAGUUGAGAUGAAUGCUCAGAGAAGUGAAAUAGAGCUGGCUGAAUAUAGAGAGACGGGGGCCUUACAAGACAGUAUUCUGCGCUGUGUGAGAGAAGAAAGCAUUCAGAAAAAAAAACUGCGCUCUCUAAAACAAAAAUCUCUUGAUAUAGGGAACGCAGACUCCCUGCUGUUCUCGCUAGACGAACACCGCAGGAAGUCCUGCAUAGACCGCUGUGACCUAGACAAGCCUCCUGUCCCUGCUGCUUACACCUCUCACAGGCACAGCGACUAUGGGCGCUCUCGGCAGAAUUCUUCCACUAAGGCCGAAAACAUAGACACCCAAGAAAGCCUUCCUCACCCACAGAGUUUCCAGGAAACCAAAAGACCUGUCAUACCAGAGGUUAGGCUAAAUUGUAUGGAAACCUACGAAGUGAAAGUGGACUCCCCAGUUAAAACUGCUGAUCCCAAGGAAGAUUUAGAUCUGAUAGAUUUGUCCUCUGAUUCAACGUCGGGUCCUGAAAAGCAUUCGGUGCUCUCCACUUCAGACAGUGACUCUCUAGUCUUUGAACCACUUCCUCCCCUUAGAAUAGUGGAGAGUGAUGAAGAGGAAGAAGCGACAAACCCGCUGAAUGAUGAGGUCUCUGGCAAAACUGCUGUUUCAUCUCCUUCAACUCCUACCAACGUGUCUGCGCUCAGCCUCAGCACCACUCCGCUGGUGCAGUUCAGCAUUGAAGAUUGCUCCAAAGACUUCAGUUCUAAGGACACAAGCAAUAACGCCUCAGCAGGAAUAGAGGAGGUCAUUUCCAUUUCUCCCAAAGAUCAGAAGGGCUCUUCAGAGUUAGUUAAGCCAGAAGAAUUUCAGGACAUGUCCUCUGGAAACUCGCUAACUCUGAAACAGAAAAGGGACCUGCUGCAGAAAUCAUCCGCCCUUCCAGAAAUGUCCCUUGAUGAUAACUCUGAGAUAGGUGUGGAGGAAAUGAAACCUAGUGGAACAAUUCCAAGCCCAAAUGUAAAGACAGUCCUUAUUAAAGUCCCUGAAGAUUCUGAAAAGCAAACAGAAAGUGAUAAACUUGAUACCAAUACAGAGUCUGACACCGAACAAAACACAGAACAGAAACAAGAAGGGGAGACUGAGGAGUCUGAGUUUAAGAUUCAGAUUGUUCCUCGCCAGAGGAAGCAGAGGAAGAUUGCUGUGAGUGCUAUUCAGAGAGAAUACCUGGACAUUUCCUUUAACAUCCUUGACAAGCUGGGAGAGCAGAAGGAGGCAGAUCCUGCUGCCAAAGGACUUUCAACACUGGAAAUGCCUAGAGAGUCAUCAUCUGCACCAACCCUUGAAGCAGGUGUUCCAGAGACAAGUAGUCACUCUUCCAUAUCAAAGCAGAUACAGCAUGGAAAGAGGCUGUGCAAUGUCCCUGUUUGCCUAAACCCAGAUUUGGAGGGACCACCACUGAGAAUCAGAGGUGCUACAAAAUCUAGUUUGCUGUCAGCACCCAGUAUAGUCAGUAUGUUUGUGCCUGCACCAGAAGAAUUUGCUGAUGACCAGCCCAUUCUGAUGACUGACAAGUGCCAUGACUGUGGGGCUGUUCUUGAAGAAUAUGAUGAGGAAACCUUAGGCCUGGCCAUAGUUGUGCUCUCAACCUUCAUUCACCUCAGCCCAGAUUUGGCUGCCCCUCUGCUGUUGGACAUCAUGCAGUCUGUAGGAAGGUUGGCAUCAAGUACCAGUUUUUCUAAUCAAGCAGAAAGCAUGAUGAUCCCUGGAAAUGCUGCAGGUGUGGCCAAGCAGUUCCUCCGUUGUGUGUUCCACCAGCUGGCUCCCAAUGGCAUCUUCCCUCAGCUCUUCCAGAGCAUUAUUAAAGAUGGAAGCUUCUUACGGACCUUGGCUACAUCUCUGAUGGACUUCAGUGAGCUGAGUUCCAUUGCUGCUCUGAGUCAGCUGUUAGAGGGUUUAAACAACAAAAAGAAUUUGCCAGCAGGGGGUGCGAUGCUCCGCUGUUUGGAAAACAUUGCUACCUUUAUGGAAGCCUUGCCGAUGGAUUCCCCCAGCAACCUCUGGACCACAAUUAGUAAUCAGUUUCAGACCUUCCUUACUAAACUCCCGUGUGUUUUGCCUCUUAAGUGUUCUUUAGACUCUAGUUUAAGAAUCAUGAUUUGCUUGUUGAAGAUACCUACCACUAGUGCCACCAGGAGUCUUCUGGAACCUUUUUCAAAAUUACUGAGUUUUGUAAUUCAGAAUGCUGUCUUCACUCUGGCCUACCUGGUGGAACUAUGUGGUUUGUGCUACCGAGCCUUCACAAAGGAAAGGGACAAGUUCUACUUGACACGCUGUGUUAUAUUGGAGUUACUGCAAGCACUCAAGUUGAAGUCGCCACUACCAGACAUGAAUCUGCUGCUGCUGGUGCAGUUUGUUUGUGCAGAUGCUGGAACAAAACUAGCUGAGUCAACAAUCCUACAUAAACAGAUGAUUGCCUCAAUGCCUGGAUGUGGAACAGCAGCAAUGGAAUGCAUGAGGCAGUAUGUUGGGGAAGUGCUGGAUUUCAUUGCAGAUAUGCAUACCUUGACCAAACUGAAGAGUCACAUGAAGACUUGUUCUCAGCCACUGCAUGAGGACACAUUUGGUGGACAUCUGAAAGUUGGUUUAGCUCAGAUUGCUGCAAUGGAAAUCACCCGGGGGAACCACAGGGACAACAAAGCUGUGAUCCGGUAUUUGCCUUGGCUUUACCAUCCUCCUUCAGCAAUGCAGCAAGGGCCCAAAGAGUUCAUAGAAUGUGUCUCACACAUUCGUUUGCUGUCCUGGCUACUUCUGGGGUCUCUGACACACAAUGUUGUCUGUCCAAAUUCUCCAUCAUCUUGCAUGCCUAUUCCACUGGAUGCAGGUUCACAAAUUGCUGACCACCUUAUUGUUAUUCUGAUUGGGUUUCCAGAGCAAUCAAAGACAUCUGUUCUGCACAUGUGUUCCCUGUUCCAUGCAUUUAUAUUUGCUCAGCUCUGGACAGUGUAUUGUGAACAAACAGCAGUAGCUCCGACAGUCCAGAACCAGAAUGAAUUUAGCUUUACAGCAAUCCUCACAGCCCUGGAGUUCUGGAGCCGAGUGACACCCAGCAUCCUGCAGCUCAUGGCACAUAACAAAGUGAUGGUGGAAAUGGUGUGCCUGCACGUGAUCAGUUUAAUGGAGGCUUUACAAGAAUGCAACUCUACUAUCUUUGUAAAGCUCAUACCAAUGUGGUUGCCCAUGAUACAGUCAAACCUAAAGCAUUUAUCUGCUGGCCUUCAGCUCCGCCUCCAAGCCAUCCAAAGCAAUGUCAACCAUCACAGCCUGAGGAUGUUGCAGGGGUCAGGACAAAUGAACAACAGCUCGUCUGUGCUCCGCAAGUGGCUGCAGUGUACCCAGUUCAAAAUGGCUCAAGUAGAAAUCCAGUCAUCAGAAGCUGCAUCUCAGUUUUACCCUUUAUGAUUCAUGUAACUUGUUCCAAAGUAGUCAUUUUUUAGCCUAGCAAUAACAGGGUUAGAGCUGUAAAAGACCUUUUAUAUAAAUCCAUAUACAGAGAAUAUACUGUAUCUACACUUUUUAGCCUAGGACAGAUUGUGAAAAAGCUUAUAAUGGGUGAAGCCAAGAGCCUGCUCCUGCCAGCUUAUAAUUACAGUUACUCAGGAUCAACAGGUUCUAAGUCUGCAUUCAUGAACAUGGAUUGGACUCAAAUCUAUCAUAUUGUACAUAUCUCUCUGAUCAUUGAAAUAACUUGUUCCUAAAUGUUCCUUUACAUUAUUUUUGAAGCUAAAACAAAAAUCACUUUUCUUUAACUUCUAUUUUUUUUAAAAAUAGAAUUGUGGGUAUUCACAAACAUGGAAGUGCUAUGUUGCUAUUUUUUGACAACUACAAAAGAAAAUAGGGUUUUUAGGAACCUUUAUAUAAGUUUUUAGGGGGGAGGUUUGUUUUUUUUUUUUUUUGAUUCACAGCUGGCAAUGCAAUAAAAUCUGUCACUAUAAACAGUGAUGUUCUAAUGAGGCUUUUUGUCAUCAUCUUCUGGGAAAACAGCAGCUUGUAAGGAGAUUUGUUAUGAAGUGCACUUAGAAAUUAGGUUGUUAAACUGUGCCAAUUAAUUUGUGGUUUUUUUUCAGUACAUUUUCCAAAACUGCCAGGUCUGAUUUAUUAUUUUUUGAAAUACUGCUUUUACUUCAUUGAUUCUAUGCUGCUCUACUUUGUAGGUUUCAUAGAAGCCUCUUUAAUUUUGUGACUACUCUGUUGUAUUCUUCUGUCGAUACUUGUAUACAGUGCAAUUAAAAAGAUAUCCCAAAUCUAUUCUUAUUGAUGUCUACAGAAUUUAUGUUGCAAACUUGAAGAGGAGCAUGAUUGGACUUGAACUUUUGCAUAAUGAUACUUACAAAUCCCAGCAUUUGCAUACUGUUGCAUACAUGAUGUUUAAUAACAGAUGGAUUUUAAUAUCAUUAGGAGACUCAGCAAAAGACCAUUGGAAUCUGAGGAGAAUCAAUUA